GCCUGGACUUCACGGAGGUGGAUCCGCUGGAUCCCAGGCUCGCGGAGGAGAUCGCGGGAGACGGGCUCGAUGCUUUCACCACCCUGUACCAGGCUCUGUCUCCAUUUACCGCGGACGACCCUGCGAAUGGAGAGAAUGUCUGGACCUUCUUCACUGAAAACAGUUUCUCUCCCAACGCUCUCGUGGCUGUGUUGCACCACUUCGUCCAAGCGGGCCAGCACAAAAGAGCUAACGCAGAGCAGAGGGUUCACGCUCUUCGUGCGGCUGGGUUGUACUUCUUACUGCUGGAAAUCCCAGGCAGCGUAGUUAACCAGCUGUUCCAUCAAGUGAUGUUUGAUAAAUGUCUUUACGCCCUGGCAAAAUGUUGGCCUCAGGAAUCAGAUGCGAUGAGGAAAAGAAAGAAGACGCAUGCUCAGAGCUCUCAGCCCAACGCAAGGAGAAAUAGAAAGAAGGGAAAACCGGGCAGGAACAGCAAUAUGGAAGAGAUACUGCAAGAGGAGGAGGAGGAGGAGGAAGAGGAUUGUGAAAAUGUUUACUUUUCAAAUGAUGAUCUUCUUCAAGUUCGCAACUCAGUCUUCCUUCUUCUGAAAAACUUCCUAAGACUUCUAUCUACGUUCUCCCUAAAAGGGAAACCUCAAUGUGUGCAGAACUGCCUGCAGGUUUUAGUCAAAAUGACAAACUUUGAGCCAGCGGUACACGAGUUCAAGUUUUCAGCAGCGAUGAAUGUUAACGAAGCCAAGUGCAUUCCUGAGCUGGCCUAUCACGGACUGCGAUUACUGUGUUCCCCUCUACAUGGUACGGAAGAUAAGAUUCUUCGUUGUGUCUUCCAGCGGAUCCUCAGCGUCAUUCUGAUGCUGGAAGGCGGUGCGGGUUCCAGGCGCGCAGUCCUUCCGAUCACAGCGGCGGUGAUCGGUGCCAGGAAUCAGGCGAUAAAAUUCAUCAGUUCUGUGGUAGAUGAGCUGAAAGAAGCUGUCUUUCCUGUUCUUCGAAUACUACUGCAACAUAUCUGUACCGAGGUCCCGGAUAAGAGUGAUUAUCGCACGUACGCCGCGCAGGCCUUGGUGAAUCUGCUGAGUAAACUCCCUUGUACAGAGUUUGCCGACUUCCUCGCUUGGCUUUACAAGUACUCAUGCAACACUAAAAUUGCCUACAGGGUGUUUGCUCUUGACGUGGCCUUAGCUUUGUUGGAUGUGCCCGAGAGGAACUUGGACAGCUCCUUGUCCCUGGAUCAUCAGAAGUUUCUAAAGCAUAAGUUUUUAGUCCAGGUCAUGGUGUUUGGCCGGUGUUGGGACAAAGCACCCGUGGUGCGUAGCAAAGCUUUAAGCAGCUUUGCCCACUGUCUGGAAAUGAAAGCUGCCGCUACCUCGGAGAUUAUACAAAGCUCCUCCGAUCAUAACGUCUUGGGAGCAAGCACAAACAGUACAAGUUUGAUAGUCAGUGCAGAAGCUGUGUCCAGCUGUUCACUCAAGACCUUCCCAACUUUCAGGACUAUUGAGUUGACCAACAGCAGCAACGCUGGUGUGCUUGACGGAAAAGAAGUCAUGGCCAUGCUGAGACUGAGAGCCGGAGAUGAGAAAACCAACGUAAGGAAAUCUGCUCUCCAGGUUCUUUUGAACAUCCUGAAGCACAAGCUGAUCCCUUGUACUGCAGAAGAUUUGUCUGCUCUUCAAGACCGUUGCCGGGACCCGGCUGUUUCUGUGCGGAAGCAGGCCUUGCAGUCUAUAACGGAGCUCCUUGUGUCUCAGCACAACAACGUUCUAGUGCAGAAGGCCUGGUUAAAUGGAGUGGUGCCUGUUGUGAUGGACGCUGAGAGUUCUGUCCAAGAAAAGGCCUUGGAUUGCCUCGAUCAGCUCUUGUUACAACAUAUAAAGCAUUACAGUAAAUACAGGAGCGGAGACGGAAAUCAGGCUCUAGUGUGGGAUCUCCUUACCCUCUUGACUUCAGAAAGCCAGGAGCUGAACCGUUACUUGAACAAAGCUUUCCACUUGUGGUCCAGACAGAAUAAGUUCACCUCCACUUUCAUCAGUAAUGUCAUGUCUCACGUGGAUACGGAGCAUGCGGCACCGGCUUGGCUGCUGCUUGCUAAGGUGGCGGGUUCCUCACCCAAGCUGGAUUAUUCCAAGGUCAUCGAAUCCUGGAACAAUGCCAGCAGGCGGCAGAACAUGAGCGCGGCUACGACAGGACAUAUCCUGUGUGUCAUCAGGCACGUUGCAAAGCACCUCCCGAAAAGCACCUGCGAGAGGCUGAUUGAUGACAUCAAGUGCUGGUUGAGGGAGUCUCAGUGUCCGUUGGAGGUGAUUAGCCCAGCAAUAGAAGCUCUGCAGAAGCUCUGCCAUGCCGAUGUGCCGGAGGAGGCACAGAAGCUGCUCAACCAGGUGUGUGGAGAUUUAGUAUCCGCCUGUGAAAGCUAUAUUUCAAAUAUAGUCCUCAAAGAGGAUGGAGCAGAGCAGAUGCAAGAAGAUCUUCUGGUGAGACAGCUCUUCAUCUUGGGUGAGGCUGCACAGCUCUGCCCAGCCAAAGUGGAGAAACGCAUCUUUCUUUUGGUUCAGUCCAUUCUGGCUUCUUCUGUCAACGAGGACCAAUUGUAUAGUUCUCCAGAUGGUGAGGAAAUUCCAGCUUCCCAGCCCCUGUCCCAGUUCAGAGGAUCAGCCAUGCCUCCACUGGUCAGAGCUCAUGCAGUCAUUACUCUGGGUAAAUUGUGCUUACAGCAUGAGGAUCUGGCAAAGAAAUGCAUUGCAGCUCUCGCCCGAGAACUGGAGGUGUCACCUGAUGUGGCCGUUCGCAAUAACGUUGUCAUCGUUAUGUGUGACCUGUGUAUCCGCUACACAUCCAUGGUGGACAGAUACAUUCCCAACAUUUCCUUGUGUCUGAAGGACCCGGAUCCCUUCAUCCGUAAGCAGACGCUGAUCCUGCUUACCAACCUCCUGCAGGAGGAGUUUGUGAAAUGGAAAGACAGUCUCUUCUUCCGGUUCGUCAGCGUCCUGGUGGAUCCAAAUCCAGAUAUUGCCAGGUUUGGAGAGUUCUGCUUGGUGCAUCUCUUGCUGAAGAGGAAUCCAGUAAUGUUCUCCCAACACUUCAUCGAGUGCAUCUUCCAUUUCAAUAGCUAUGAGAAACACACGAAGUACAACAGGUUCCCUCAGAGCGCAAGGGCGAAGAAUCUCUUCUCUCUCAAGGGAAAAGAUAACAAAGAGAAAAGGAUGCAUAUCUACAGGUUCCUGCUAGACCACUUCACGGAUGAGCAGAGGUUCAACAUUACCACAAAGAUCAGCCACAACAUUCUAGCAUGCUUUGUGGAUAUGGUCCUUCCAUUGGACUUGGAAGCCAGCGAGCUGCUCUCGGACACGUUUGCAGUCCUUAGCUGCAAAGAAAUCAAGCUGUCAACUAUGAGAGCAAAACCCGAAGAAGACAUUCAGCCCGAUGACGAUGAAAUGGCAAUGGCCAACGUGGUCAUGCAGGCGGCACAGAAAAAGCUCAUCUCGCAGGUUCAAAAGAAGAACUUUGUCGAAAAUAUCAUCCCGAUAAUCACGUCGCUGAAGUCUUUGAUGGAGCAGAAGAGGAUACCAGCUCUUCGGGAACUUAUGAACUACCUACGGGAAAUGAUGCAAGAUUACCGAAAUGAAAUCAAAGACUUCUUCGCUGUGGACAAGCAGCUGGCAGCCGAGCUGGAGUACGACAUGAAAAAGAAGGAGUCUGAUGAAGAGCAGCUCUCGGCAGCGCAGGCGGAACAACCUCCACCUUUGGAGACGGAUGUACCUUCUGGGGGCUGCAAUAAUAACGCUCAGCCUCCUGUAAGUAGGAGACAAUCCUUGUCAGCUGGAUCAAGUUCUUCUUCUGUGCCUUCUGAGAUUACAACCCCCAGUGCUGAUGCCCUGAAACAGCCGAUACUCAGUCGCAGGCCAGCAUCCUUGAGCACACUUGCCAUCCUGAACUCUGCCAGGAAAGCUCUGGAAGCCAGAAGCAAGCAACGCAGCAAGAGUGUUGGAAGAAGUUUAUCAGCUGUUUCGCUUCCAUCAAGCACAGCUGGUACCAAGAAAGUAUCCAUUCAAAGCCUGAAUCAAGAGCCUACUGGAGAAAAUGUUUCUGUGGUGGGCCGUGCAAUCAGCACACCGGAACAGACCAUUAAUGACUUGACUUUUGAUGCUGGGGUCAGUUGCAUCAGCUUGACGCGCACACCCGGUUCAGCUCCAGAGAUUAAAGAGGAGGCUGGGGAUGAGCUCAGAGAUGUUAUCUGUCUGGCAUCGCCAGAGAAACCCCCGUCCCUGCCACAGGAGUGGAAAUUAAAAUCCCCAGCAAGGACAAAAAGCAGCCAACGUGUCCCCGUGAGACAAUCCCAGCGGCGAACUCCACUGAAACCAGACAAGUGA